AUGACAUAUAAGAUCGUGUGCACGGAUGGCGUCUCAAUCCCCGAGUCCAAUACUCGAACGGAAUGCCAGACAGACUGCUGCGACCUGGGGAAAAAUGAUUGUCUGGAUGCGUCCGACCUGUCACUGCCUGUGCUCCCCGAAACUGAACAAGCUCGCAAAAGGAAACCGUUGUCAUUCUUCUUCAGCUCCUUUUCCCUCCUGCUCAUGGUCUUUCUAGUAUCUUUAGAUGCGACAAUACUGGCGGUUGCUAUUCUUGCUAUCACCAGCAAGCUCUCAGGUACAACGCUGACAGCCGUCUGGGCGAACAUCUCCUUCAUACUCGCAGUCGUGGCCAUCCAGCCUAUAUACACCAGCGUAUCCGACAUUGUCGGGCGCAGGCUUCCUUUCUACGCCGCCUUCACACUCUUCACUAUCGGGUCCAUCGUCUUCUCCGUCUCCCAGAGCAUGUCCGUCAUAUUCCUAGGCCGGGUACUGCAAGGCCUCGGUGGUGGUGGCCUAGACGUCCUGAGUGAGAUCAUUGUCGCGGAUAUCACGACCCUACAAGAGUGCCCACUGUACAUUGGUCUACUAUCUCUUCCCAUGGCCGCGGGGAGUAUCCUCGGCGCCCUAUUCAGUGAAUACGUAGAUUGGCGAUGGAUCGGCUGGAUCAAUCUACCAGUGAUCGCAGUAGCCCUCACACUAGCCAUCUUCUUCAUGCGCCUCAAACCGCUCGGCCAGUCACUGCGCACAAAAAUCGCCUCGUGGCGGACAAUCGUGCCUCUGAUAAUCGGGGCAUUAAUACUCCUCAUCUUUGCCCUCUACGAAGCCCAACCAGCUGAACCAGUCUUCCCCUACCGCAUCUCCCGCUCCCAAACCGCCCAACUAACACUCAUCGGCAGCUUCAUCCACGGCCUAGUCCUCUACAACCUCCUAACAUAUCUCCUCCUGUUCUUCCAAGCCGUGUACCUCGAGACCCCGCUCCUCCAGGUCAUCGCGGGGGUCGGCAUCGGGACGAUCUUCACGGUGCCGCCCAUCCCGAUGCAGGCGAGUGCCCCGACAGCUGAAGACCAGAGUCUGGCGGCGGGCAUAUUGGUCUCGUUUCGACAGUUUGGAGCGCUUAUCGGACUCGCUGUUUGGGCUACGACGUUUAGUAAUGUGUUUUCGCGGUCGAUUGCGUCUGUCGGUGCGCUGCCGGAGUCAGUGGCGCUUUUGAGUAAUGCUAAAGAAACUGUGGGGUAUAUUCCACCUUUGAGAACGGUGGAGAUUCCGCUUGCGUUGAAGGUUGCCAUCUGUGAGGUGUAUAAGGAGGCUCUGAGGACUAUCUGGUAUAUUGUGGCAGGCUUUGGGGGGGGUGGAGGAGUUGACUAUUGA